GCUUCUUCCGCCAAAAACACACUACACCAACAUCAAUAUAUCAUUUACCAUUUUGAUCUCCACCUCUUCUCACAUUAGGACGGCGUGGCCCAUCGCAAACUGCCUUGAAAUGUCCACAAAGAAUCUAGAACUAGACGCCGAGUAUGGAGCUUUCGCAUUUGACUACUACGUCCUGGACCAUUGGAAAGAGGAUUCUUUCGAGGAAAGUCAGCAACAAUGGGAGCGACUGGUCUGGGAUUAUCAAAGACUGUCUCUCAAAGAGCGUUAUAUAUACCACCAUCGCACUCAGCUAAUCCCCACCGGGGUACCCCCCACGCAUGUCAAAGUUCUCCGCACCCACCAGACCAUCUACGAGCGCAACCUGAGCAUCCCGAACUGCACGGGCAUACAAACCGUCUGGCUGCGAACGUGCUACGAUGCAGACCUUGCCGAAAAAUACGCAGACAUGAUGGCCGAGUCAUACAUCAUUGGGGACAAGGUCCUAGACGACCCCAUGAGGUAUGCCUUCGAGGAGAACUGGCGAAUGGUUCUCGUGCGUAUGCCCGGAAUUACGGAUUUUUGGGGUCUUUCUGACCAGAACGGCGAUGGAGCCAUGCUCAAGUAUCGCUCAAGAUUGGACGAUGGGGCGAUCCGGGCUCAGUACGAACGGAUUGAGGAUGCGGAUUUUCAGGCUCUGGCGCUCAAGGCGCUGGAAUUCCAGGCUUUGCUGUAUCUGGUGGACCGCGAGGCCAUUGAAAUGGGACUCAUCAAGCUACUCUGGCUGGAUGAACAUGGGUGCUGUGCUUGGGAGAAUCGGGUGGCCCCGGCGAGCAUGUACCAGUUGGCGGGCGCGCUUCUCGGUGCCACGAGUUUCUGGGAACUCACCCAAGGGAAUGCCACGCGAGGCUGUUUACUCGAACUAUAGAUUGUUGUGAGUAACCUAAUACCAUAUGGAGAUGAUCCCAG